AUGCAGGAACGUUGGCAGCAUAGCGGGUCAGCCAUCAGUGCGAUAAUCACUGAAGUAGCCAACGCCAUAGUACGCCUCAAGCGUGACUUCAUUCGAAUGCCUGAUCGGGUUGACGCCAACUUCCUCUCUUCACGGCCUGAGUACGCCCAUUUCCCUGGCGCCAUUGGGGCUAUCGACGGGACCCUCAUACCCGCGUGCAUCCGCAUUGAAAGGCAACAACCCUUUUACGACCGUCAUAGUAAUGUGUCCCAAAAUGUUCUCGCGGUAGUCUCCUUCAGCGACUUAUUUCUGUACGUGUUAGCAGGUUGGGAAGGCUCCGCGCAUGAUUCCACCGUCUUCCAGGAUGCGGUGCUCAAGGGAACUCCGCAUUCCCACCGGCACAUACCUGUUGGGUGA